AUGAUCUCAGCAGCACUCAGAUUCAGCACCUUUGGUAGAAUUCAAUCGAGAUCUUUAACCAAAUUGGCAGGUAGAUCUACAAAUUCAAAUGUUCCCUUGAAAUUUCCAAGGUUUAAUCAAACCAGAUCCAUGUUCAUUCAAACUGAAUCCACUCCCAAUGAGGAUAGUUUGAAAUUCAUUCCAGGAGUUCCUGUCAUGUCCAACAACGGCACCGCUGAAUUUACCGAAGCUAAAUCUUCAAUUGGUUCCCCCUUAGCAAUCAGAUUAUUCGGUAUUGAUGACGUUAGAUCGGUUUUCUACGGUCCUGACUUCGUCACCAUCUCAAAACACCAAGAAUCUAAAUGGAACCUUCUUAAACCCGAAAUAUACUCCAUCUUGAUGGAGCACUUCUCAUCUAAAGCUCCUUUAUUUAGAGACGCCGCCGCUGAAGAAGCUGCUGGCCCUCAAGAUACUAAAAUUCUCGACACAGACACUGAAAUUGUUGCAAUGAUUAAAGAACUCUUAGACACUCGUAUAAGACCUGCCAUCAUGGAAGAUGGUGGUGAUAUCGAAUAUAGAGGCUUCGAUGAGGUCUCUGGUAUGGUCAAACUUAAACUCAAAGGUAGCUGUAGAGGUUGCUCUUCUUCCUCCGUCACCCUUAAAUCAGGUAUCGAAAGAAUGUUAAUGCAUUACAUUCCUGAAGUCAAAACGGUUGAACAAGUUUUAGACCAAGAAGAAGAAAUCGCUCUCAAUGAAUUCUCAAAGUUGGAGCAACGCCUUGAGGAGAAGGAGAAUGACAAGAAGGAUAACAAACAAGAUCUCAGUCAAUACAUGUCUGUAUAA